UCUAAAUCCUCAUUCAAACAAAAGCUAGGGUUUUUUAUUUUACCCCAUCCAAGAAAUCCAAUAACAAAUGGGAGAAUUUGGAUCAAAAUGAAGAGAAGAUAUCAGGAUAUUGACCCCGAAGAUCCAUCUCCAAUUCCAAUUUCAUCUACUGCAGCUCCCCCCAAAGUUAGGAGCCCCGUAACCCUACCCGAUUCGCGAUCAAAUCGAGCUGAUGGCCCUAAAACUUCUGAGUUUGCCUUUUUCAAUAAACUGAAGAAAGAUGCGGGCCAAAGAUUUGAUUCACAUUCAAUGCAGAGGAUCAAAAACCAACCACACAAAUGGAAUUCCGGCGAAUUUUAUAGAGCAGUAGAGCGGACCAGAACAGUUAGGAACAUCUCUAAGUCCUCAGAGGGGACCAAAAUUACUAUAAAUUGUCCGUCUCCUGCCGGAAAGGCUAGCUCUAACGAGUUGGGAUCACGGUUGUUCGUUGAAAAAGUUAACUCUAAGGACUCAAGAUCACCGUUGCCCGUUAACAAUGUGACACUUAUUAACUUUGAUUCAUUCCCCUCACCAGUCGACAGAGCAGUGAAUAAUUCGGAGGUCAAAUUAAAGAAUGCCUUUUCAGCCGUUGAGCCUAUAUUUAGCAUAGAAGAUUGGUUACAGCAUCAUAGUGACAACAAGAAACCAGGAGGGUCCCAUGCUGAUGAAGCAGAAUUAUUUUCUAGAAAGAGAGAGAAACUGCUGCAGUGGGCUCAUAACUCAUUUCCUGAGAUAGAGGAACUCGGUUCCAAGGGGUGUGAUGUCAUUUCAGUGCUCCUUAGUCGCCUUUUUCCUUGGAGCAAUGAGAAGAAUGGUUACAGAAGCGCAGAGUCUGCACCGUUGGAAAGCAAUACCAAAGCUGAGUUAUUUGCUUGUCCCAAGUCUGAUAUUCCUCCCAAGAAAAUUUACAGGUUGCCAGAAAGGAAGAUCAUGGAAAUUCAAGAUACACCAUCAUACUUGGAAAAUGCUACACCAUCUUAUUGGUCAGACAUAUCAAGGGAAACCGCGAUCUCUGAUAUCGACUCUACAACCUAUAACUAUCACAGCGCUCUUCAAAAGAAUUUAGAAUUACCUACCUGCAAACUAAGAGAGAAAAAUCUGACUUCCUGCAUUGACAAUGACUCCACUUUUGGCUUUCCAUUCGUGAGACAUGGAUUUUUUCUACCCUUUAUUUCUUCCAACGAGCCAGAUGAUUUGCAUGACCCAAAUGGAUCUUUACCUGCAAGUGAGCCUUUUUUGCCACUGCUUGAAAGGGAUUCCUUAAAUGGUACAUCAUCUUACUGGUCAGACAGAUCGAGGGAGACUACGCUCUCUAAUAUCCACUCUCCACCCUAUAACAACCACAGCACCCUUCAAAAGUAUUUAGAGUCACCUAGCUAUGAAGUAAGAGAGAAAAAUCUAAUCUCCCGCGUUGAAGGUGACCCCACUUUUGGCUUUCCAUUUGUAAGACCUCAAUCUUCUCUACCAUUUAGUUCUUUUAAAGAGCCUGAUUAUUUGCGUGAUCCAACUGGGUCGUUGCCUGGAAGAGAUCCAUGUUUUCCGCAGCUUGAAUGGGAUUCUGUAAACAUGAAUAAACGAAGCUCAUCUGCUACUUACCAGAAUACAAAUUGGACUAUAGUUCCUGCAUUACAAUGUUCAUGGGAUCAUCAGCUAAGUCUAGAUAUUCCAUUUAAUUCUUUCGAAAAGCUAGAUGAUUCGCAUGAUCCAAAUGGAUCUCCUGGAAGAGAACCACAUUUGGCAUUGCUUCAGUGGCACCCUGACGUAAAUGAAAGGAGCUUAUCAGCUACUUGUCCAGAUACAAAUUGGACCCUAAUUCCUGCAGUACAAAGUUCAUGGAAUCAUCAGCAAAGUCUAAAUAACUGGCGCGAAUCAUUUGGUACUCUUGGGUUGUGUUCAUCACCUGUACUAGGAAAUUAUCCCCAAUACUUUUAUACAUUAGUGUCUCCCACUAGUACCAGCUAUGAGAAACAUGAGUUUGGAAGAUCUAUUUUAGAAACAGAUGAAGAAAUAAUUGCAGAUUUGCAACAUCUUCCUUUGACCUUAUCACAUUCCUCAAAUUGCUUUAAUCUGAUUUCUGAUUGCAAUCAUUUUGAAGUUGCAAGUCAAGGCAGCGAGUCGAGUGGCUUUCUCCCAUCCCCUGAAAAUCACCUUGGCUUCAUGAGCAAUGCUUUGGUUGAGGAGAAUAAUACUACUGAUUUUGGAAAUCAUCUUUCCUUUGCUCUUAAUGUACAAUGGAAAUCUUACAAUCAAGUGGUUUAAGAAGAUAAAUGAUCUUCAAUUUCCUGAAAAAGGAAUCAUAUAUUCAACUUUCUUUGUGGAGAUGAAUUUGUGAGUUCCUUGGGCGGUUCACAUUAUUGAAGCCAUUUUAACACUGCAAUGAAGAUAUGCUGGACAUCCAUGACUGGUGAUCUUUAUAUUUCCAAAUAUCUCGGGACAAAGAUAAAGGUGCAUUCCUAUUUGCUUGAAUAAUGAAGCCUGGACUGAAGAAACAUAUGAUAUGAUAUUGGUAAUCAAUUCAAAUAUGCCUUUAAUGUGGUCCUUGCUUUUUAAAGAUGUUCACAGGUUUUCGAAGGCUAAACAAUGGUAGCUAAACUUUUUAGCAAAUUAUAAAUGUAUUGAAGUUUUAGGUGGAUGGAGUUCCUUUGGCCAUCUUACUGUAGUGCAUACUGACUAUGAAAACUGUAGGAUAUUGAAGGUGGUUGCAUCCUUUUUAAAUCUGAUAUUCAGUUUUGUCAUAAUGAAGAAUAUAACUGAAGGUGUUUUUUUCCAGUAACAUGUGACCCAGGAAUAGAUGCCAUUGUUAAUUUUUUCUCCAACCACAUGGCCAUAUUCAGCAAUUGCAGAAAAUGCAGGUCACAGAGGAACUCAGUCUUGCAGCUUAAUUGUGGCACUUUCUUCUGUCGAGUGCCCGGGAGCAUGCAGAAUGGAACUGUGACCAAAAACUGCGAACUUGGACCUGAGAUUCUGAGAGUGCUUCACCAAUCCCCAUGGUUAACAAAUGACGGCUUGAACCUUAUCUAAUGAAAUACAUUUUGAGGUAAGGA